CGGUGCAGAGAGCAGCGUGGUCUAUCCUGUGACUGACACCCGUCGGGUAAAAAGUUACUCUGAGUUCGCGGACACACUGCCAACAUGUCUGGAGAUGACGAGACACAGGAGCAGACCAUCGCUGAUGACUUGGUGGUCACCAAGUACAAGAUGGGGGCCGAGAUUGCGAAUCAGGCUUUGAAGACGGUAGUUGGGGCAGCUAUGGCUGGAGUCUCCGUGCUCAGCCUGUGUGAAAAGGGAGACUCCUUCAUCAUGGCAGAAACUGGGAAAAUCUUCAAGAAGGAAAAGGACAUGAAGAAAGGUAUUGCUUUUCCUACUUGUGUGUCAGUUAACAACUGUGUAUGCCAUUACUCCCCGCUGAAGAGUGACCCUGAUGUCAUACUGAAGGAUGGGGACAUUGUCAAAAUUGACCUGGGUGUGCAUGUUGAUGGCUUCAUCUCAAAUGUGGCUCACAGCUUCAUUGUUGGAGUGACCAAGGACAACCCGGUGACAGGACGGAAGGCUGAUGUUAUCAAAGCAGCUCACCUCUGUGCUGAGGCCGCCCUGCGCCUUGUUAAGCCAGGAAAUCAGAACACACAGGUCACAGAAGCCUGGAACAAGAUUGCAAAGUCAUUCAAGUGCUCCCUUAUUGAGGGCAUGCUGUCCCACCAGCUCAAACAACAUGUGAUUGAUGGUGAGAAAACUAUCAUCCAGAACCCAACGGACCAGCAAAAAAAGGACCAUGAGAAAGCGGAGUUUGAGGUGCACGAGGUAUAUGCAGUGGAUGUGCUUAUCAGCACUGGAGAAGGAAAGGCAAAGGAUGGAGGUCAGAGGACCACCGUUUACAAACGAGACCCCAACAAGGUGUACGGCCUGAAGAUGAAGACAUCUCGGACAUUCUUCAGUGAGAUGGAGAGACGCUUUGAUACAAUGCCUUUCACUCUGAGAGCGUUUGAGGAUGAAGGCAAGGCCAGGUUGGGUGUGGUGGAGUGUGCCAAACAUGAGCUGCUGCAGCCAUUUAAUGUGCUGCAUGAGAAAGAAGGUGAAUUUGUUGCCCAGUUCAAGUUCACCGUGCUGCUCAUGGCCAAUGGACCACUGCGAAUCACAAACAGCCUCUUUGAGCCAGAACUCUACAAGUCCGAGCAUGAAGUGGAGGACCCGGAGCUGAAGGCUUUGCUUCAAAGCUCAGCCAGCCGUAAGACUCAGAAGAAGAAGAAAAAGAAGGCGUCAAAGACUGUUGAAAACGCAACAGGACAGGCAAUGGAGACCGAAGCUGCAGAAUAAAUUUUUCUCUGCAAGAAAUUCUGACAGACAUCUGACGACCCAAAGAACAGACGUCAUGAAUCCUUCUGUCCCAGCUGUCUGAGGCACUUGCGGGCAUAGCCGCUGUGAAUACCUCUUCUGAAUCUAACUGAUGUCAGUCUGGGAUGAUGCUGCUCCUAAAUUCUGUCAAUCCACCUAAAACACACACAUACGUCCCUAAUAAAUCUCACUGUCCUUGAGACAGCCUUCUGUGUGGACAGUCCUGCUUCAAAAGAGGGUAUUUUGUUCAAGGGCAUAAACUCACUGGAACAUUUAACCAAUCGAAUGACCGUGAGCCUUCGCCCCUUUAUCCACAAUAACUAGUGAAAGAUAUGGAAAAUAAAAUGAGUUUGACAGAGCGGCCAAGGAUGAUGAAUGCACAGUACUGUCACUGUAGUUGUGUGGCAUAAAGAUAACUUCCUUGAGGUCAUAAACCUGAAGCCAUGCCUUUUGAAAUGAAUGAAUAACUUAUCGUGGGCAGAAAUGUGUAACACUUGUCUUGAACCCUGAUGUCGUAUGACAUUCGCACACGUAAGCAUGAAAUCAUUAGUUACCAUUCCCGUUUAUUUCAGCAUAAUUACUGCAUUUAUACAGCUCUUGCUUAGGUCCAUCUGUUAGUACAUUGUGUAUACUUCUAGGCUUCUACUGUAGGUUAAUCAGCUAACAAUUUCUAAAACUGACAUUGUAAGAUUUAAAGGUUAAGUAAUUUAACUAGUAAAAAAUGAAAUUAUUUUUCUCGGUUGUGGAUGGUCUAACUCCUGCCAAGGGUUCAGCAUUCAGUCUUCUGGUACCGCUACCGAGUCUGACAGUCUGUGUUUACAUAAGAAGUCCAUACCUGUUAAGAUACAUGGAUGCUUUUGUAAAACAAGUCCCAGUUUCAGAGACUAUUUUUGGAAACAUUAAAAAGCCACCUGACAUCA